UGUGUUCAAUCAACUCGCGGCGUCCUCCGUAAGCGGGUUCGCGUUCAAACGCUCCAAGUCGCGUUACUUACGUCUUCUGUUCAACUUGAACUGGCUCUAUAACCUAUAGAGCUCCCGGUGGUGUUUCGGCCGGAAUGCUGCAUCACCAUCCUCAGGAUCGGGAACGAAAAAAGAGUCUCAAUUCGCUUGUCCUGGAUAUAAAUGCCCAAAUAGCUCUAUUCAGGGACCUGCUCAUCGGUAUUGGCCAAUCUAGAGACUGUCCGGAACACAGGGAAAGAAUCCGAAAGCUAAGAAGAAAUUGUGUCGACGCAUGUAAACAUACCAGUCAACUUAUAUUACCCCACAUUAGAAGUGCCGUCGAAGAGGGAAUACCAGCCGAUAAUCAAAAUCUUGUGAUGUUAUAUUUCAUGGCGCAACUGUUUCAUCGGGAGCUGUGCAAGUCCCAUCGAUUGGUACAAAUUAUACCCAUGGAUAUGUCAGGAUAUUACGAUAACAGAGCUGGUCCUUCAAAUUUAGGUAACGUUAUCAGCCAAAUUUUGCUCUGUAAGCAGAUAACGCCGGACUUCAACCAAGAGGAACUCUGUAGCAUUAUAAAAGAUUCGCAAGAAAUCGCUAAUAUCUUGAAGGAAAUGGGAGAGUACAUGCCUAAGCAAGAAAACAAUUUAGAGAAAUCGUCGGCGUUAAAUGAAGAUGUUGGGAAUCAGUGGACCAAAAAACGUAGAAAUUCUUUAUACAAACACAUGGGCCUACUAUGUUGCACCGGCCGACCGAAUUACCUAUGACAAAAACAAAAGCCACCUAUAAUAAAACAGAUGAAAAACAAGUGCGUUAGGAAUGAAAUAUCAGAAACUGACUCGGAAUCGUUUUAAAAAAAGGCCAUUUCGGGGUUCUGAAUAGUCAAUAUGUCACAAAAUAUGGGUCCACUUGGCUAGAUGUUGAAUCAAAUAAAUAUAGGGUUAAUUAUUAUAAUAUUUUGGUUCUAUAUAGCUGACUAUUUUCAUUUUGCCAAAUUUUUAGGUGAGUAAGUGUACAUCAGAAUGAUGGAAAUAUUGUCGUAUUUUUUCAAAUUUUUAAUUAAGAAGAACUGCCAUCCUUUGAAGUAUCCAAAUGCAUUAUGAUUUUCGGUUUCUCGAUAUUUCCUGAAAACUCGUUUGACUGGUAUUAUUUUUUUUAUAGCGAUUUAACCGAAUUAUUAAAAAAUAUUAGUAAUAAUUUUAUGUAUCGUCCUGUAUGACAGGGUUGCACAUGUUUAGUAGGCGCGCGUGAGCUCAGGUGGUAAUAAAUAAUGCCUAUAUGAAAUGUGGCACUGCAGUGGUUCGCACAAUGCGUAUUUUUUUUGUCGACCUUGAACACUUGUAUUAAUUAAAUUGUCGCGUAAAAAAUCAUGCUUUCAUAUUCAAAGUCGCGCGUUGAGCAUGGACUUUAACCAAAAAUGAUCUAAAAAAUAUUGCCGUCGCCAUACAACUCUGCAUUUUCUCAGAGUAUUAUACAGAAUUUCUGCAAACGGGGAUCCAAAGUUAUGGUGCCUAAUGUUAGCCUAUAAUUUAUAAUUGUAGCGAAUUUUUCUAAUAAGUAUUUAUUAAAUUGGGCCUAGUUUAAAGCGAAUUUGGGUAUUCAUGAGGGCUCGUAGUUGAAGAAUAGCAGGUCCCGUAUUGUUUCGUCUAUGUGUAUUACCAUAAACAAAACCAUCUAGCCAAAUAUUACCGACACCCCCUAUAGAAAAUUGAUGCUAUUAAAAAUAUUUAUAUAAAAUGGUGUCAAAUUAUUUCAGUUUCUUAUAACACUCGUUCUUAGUGGUUGUGAUGUUUGGAUUUUGUUAGCUGCUCAAUUAAUAUAACGUAUUUAAGUAAUUUUAUAAUUCUGUUUCGUAUUAAAUUACUUUUAGCAGAGCGUAUCAAAAGAUAAACGGAGUAGGCAUUUUCAACUCCUAUGAUUGCAUUUUUUGAUGUAGCUCUCCCUAUUAAUAUUAUCCAAAGUCCAAAAUAUGUUAUUCGUUUUGGUGUAAGGGACGUCCUUUCGAUAUAAAAUCGAACAAGACGGGGUAUAACCGCAGACUCAUAAUCGACAAUUGUCGGACUACAAGCUUUUGCAAAAAACGAUAAACAUGUUAUUUUUUAACACUCAUCAUACCUUUUUGAUAUAUAUUAUUAUUAAUAUUUACACCAAUUUGCGGUUUUUAUGAAUUGUUUGGCAUGAGCAGCUUACUAUUCUAUUCAGCUAUUCUAAAUCCGAGUUUAACCAGACUGGAUUUCAAUUUUAGUAAUAGGAAAAAGCAUUUAGUGUUUAUGCAGCUGAAAUUUAAGAACACUUUUUUUAAAAUAAAAUGCCGUUUUCAUUUUAGCAUUGCUUUUAAAACUUAAAAGUGUGCUAAUUGACGUAUAUCCUUGCAUUAUUAACAAGAAAAAUAAUAAAAGUGGAGUAUUUUCAAUAGCAAUUCGGUGGAUCGAAUCGAUAAUAAGGCCGUCGACUUUUUUUUAUCGAUUAACAUUAAAGCUAUUGUUUUUCUUAUCGGAUUGGUUGAGUAGUUGCCGUCUCGUAGUGACCUCCCUUAUGAAAAACGCACGGUAUAACCCGACGAACGCGAGAUACUUUUCAAAAGCAAAGGUUAGUUUGAUAAACAGACCUUAAGAAAAACAACUCAAGGAGCAAAAUACGGGAUAUGCCAUUAAUAUUUCGGUCCAUAUUUCAUAAAGUGGGAAUCGUGCCAAUUUAUUUUGCUAUACGAUAACGCAUCGGCAUAUUCUGUAUUUAUACAUUCCGUUCGAGAAAUCGAUCUAUAAAUUAAGAUAUUGUUAUAUAUUUUCGACUAUAAGAAGCGCCGACUUUUCAAAACCGAUCUGGUCACAAUAAUAUUAAUCUAGUUGUAACGUCUAGUCUGUUUAUAAAUAUAUGUAUAUUACUAGAAAAAAAAAACGUUUUAUUUGAGGAGAGUGAAAAUAUUUCGGCUCACGGUAAUUGACGGCUACAAUUUUUUUUUCAAUUGUACAAAUUAUCUUGGGAAUAUUUUCGAUCGCUCCUCAAAUUGUAUUAGGUACUCUAGAAUCUGUGAUAUUUAUAUAGUACGUAGUUGGGCAAUUGAAAAAUAUACUAAAUAAGUGUGCGCGAUGUUGGUUCAACUUAGCCGUAGCUAUGUGCUUAUAUAUACAUGGAUUUCGUUUAAUUUUAAAAUUUGCCCGACUAUGUAAACGUGAAAACAAGAAUUCCGUCAAUUUGUUGUACAUUAAAUUGGAUUUUUUUAAACUCGGUGAUUUUAUAUAGUUCCGUAUGCCUCGAUGGUUUAAAUAAUUGUAAUCACCGCGUAUUACAAAGCACAAUUUAAUCAAAAAUUUUGAUUCAUAGUUCUGCACCAAUUAUAUAGUCUUCGUUUAUCCAAUACGAUAUCAAAAUAAAAUAAU